AUGUGGGACCCGUACGUCGUUUACCUUCGACCUCCUGCCGAGCGCCCGAAGAGGCGGGAGCUGUUGCCGUUGUUCUUGAACGGCGCCGCGGAGCCGGCGCCACCGCCGGAAGAGGACGAUGCCGACCAGGAUGCCGCGGGGGUCGAGGGGCAGAGCAGCGACGCCGCCGCGCAGAAGUCGCGGAUGCGGGAGGCCAGCUUCCCCGCGGAGGCGAGGGUGGAGAACGCGGCGGCGUCGGGGGCCGAGAGCGGGGAGAGCUUGGCGAAGAAGAAGGCCGGGUGCGGGCGGUUGCUGCGCACCUUCCGGUUCCAGUACCGGAUGAACGCCGCCUUCACCGUGAACGGAUUCACCGCGGCAUCGACCAUGCGGAUUCACCGGAGGUUGAAGUGAACCUGACGUGCGGGUCCCACACAUAGAGGGG